AUGGCGGACCUGAUCCCUCUGUACCCGGUGCGCGACGCGUCGGCCGCGGCCAACCGCAGACGCGCGGCCUACUACAGAGCGGCGGGGCCCGGGCCCGGGGCCGAGCGGCCCAGCAGGUACCAGCUGGAAGAUGAGUCUGCCCAUUCGGAUGAAAUGCCACUAAUGAUGUCUGAAGAAGGCUUCGAGAAUGACGAAAGUGAUUACCACACAUUACCACGAGCUAGGAUCGCGCGAAGGAAGAGAGGGCUGGAGGGGUUUGUCUGUGGAGGAUGGAAGUUCCUCUGCACCAGUUGCUGUGGCUGGCUGAUAAGUAUUUGUCAAAGAAAGAGAGAACUGAAAGCGCGCACGGUGUGGCUCGGGCAUCCUGAAAAGUGUGAAGAAAAGCAUCCCAGAAACUCUAUAAAAAAUCAGAAAUACAAUGUAUUUACCUUUAUACCUGGGGUUUUAUAUGAACAAUUCAAGUUUUUCUUGAAUCUCUAUUUUCUGGUAGUAUCCUGCUCCCAGUUCGUACCAGCACUGAAAAUAGGCUACCUCUACACCUACUGGGCUCCUCUGGGAUUUGUUUUGGCCGUUACUAUCAUGAGGGAAGCAAUUGAUGAAUUUCGGCGCUUUCAGCGAGACAAAGAAGUGAAUUCACAGCUGUACAGCAAACUUACAGUAAGAGGUAAAGUGCAAGUUAAGAGUUCAGACAUACAAGUUGGAGACCUCAUCAUAGUGGAAAAGAAUCAAAGAAUUCCAUCGGACAUGGUAUUUCUUAGGACAUCAGAAAAAGCAGGCUCGUGUUUUAUUCGAACUGAUCAGCUUGAUGGUGAGACCGACUGGAAGCCGAAGGUGGCGGUGAGCUGCACACAGAGGCUGCCGGCCUUGGGGGACCUUUUUUCAAUCCGUGCUUAUGUUUAUGCUCAGAAGCCACAACUGGAUAUUCAUAGUUUUGAAGGCACAUUUACCAGGGAAGACUGCGACCCACCCGUCCAUGAGAGUCUCAGCAUAGAAAACACACUGUGGGCAAGCACCAUUGUCGCAUCAGGUACUGUAAUAGGUGUUGUCAUUUAUACUGGAAAAGAGACUCGGAGUGUAAUGAACACAUCCAAUCCAAAAAAUAAGGUUGGGUUGUUGGACCUUGAACUCAACCAGCUGACCAAAGCACUGUUUGGGGCUCUAGUCGCUCUCUCGGUCGUCAUGGUAACCUUACAAGGGUUUGCGGGUCCGUGGUACCGCAACCUGUUUCGGUUCCUCCUCCUCCUCUCCUACAUCAUCCCCAUCAGUUUGCGUGUGAACUUGGACAUGGGCAAAGCCACGUACGGCUGGAUGAUCAUGAAGGACGAGAGCAUCCCCGGCACGGUCGUGCGGACCAGCACCAUCCCCGAGGAGCUGGGGCGCCUGGUAUACUUGCUCACGGACAAAACAGGAACCCUCACCCAGAACGAGAUGGUGUUUAAGCGGCUGCACUUGGGGACCGUGUCCUAUGGAGCGGACACGAUGGACGAGAUCCAGACCCACCUCAGGAACCCAUACUCACAGACGCAGCCUCCGGCCGGCGGACACACCAGCGCGACGCCACCCAGAAAAGCCCCAUCUGCCGCUCCCAAAGUGAGGAAAAGCGUGAGUAGCCGAGUCCACGAAGCCGUGAAGGCCAUCGCUCUGUGCCACAACGUGACCCCCGUGUACGAGCAUCGAGCCGGCACGCCCGCCGAGGCCGAGGACCAGGACUUCAGCGACGGGAACCGCACCUACCAGGCCGCCAGCCCUGACGAGGUGGCCCUGGUGCAGUGGACGGAGAGCGUCGGCCUCACCCUGGUCAGCAGAGACCUGGCCUCCAUGCAGCUGCGGGGCCCCAGCGGCGAGCUCCUGACCUUCAGCGUCCUGCAGACCUUCCCGUUCACCUCGGAGAGCAAGCGCAUGGGCGUCAUCGUGCGGGAUGAGUCCACUGCGGAAAUCACCUUCUACCUGAAGGGGGCCGACGCGGCCAUGUCCUCCAUCGUGCAGUACAACGACUGGUUGGAGGAGGAGUGUGGGAACAUGGCCCGGGAAGGUCUUCGCACCCUCGUGGUCGCCAAGCGGGCGCUGACAGAGGAGCAGUACCAGGACUUCGAGAGCCGCUACAGCCAGGCCAAGCUGAGCACCCACGACCGGGCUCUGAAGGUGGCGGCGGUGGUGGAGAGCCUGGAGUGGGAGAUGGAGCUGCUGUGCCUCACAGGUGUGGAGGACCAGCUGCAGGCGGACGUGCGGCCCACCCUGGAGAUGCUGCGCAACGCAGGCAUCAAGAUAUGGAUGCUAACGGGCGAUAAACUCGAGACUGCCACGUGCAUCGCCAAAAGCUCACACUUGGUGUCUAGAACACAAGACAUUCACGUUUUCAUGCCAGUAACCAAUCGGGGAGAGGCCCACUUGGAGCUUAACGCCUUUCGACGGAAGCAUGACUGUGCGCUGGUCAUAUCUGGGGACUCCCUUGAGGUCUGCCUCAAGUUCUACGAGCACGAGCUGGUGGAGCUGGCCUGCCAGUGCCCAGCCGUGGUGUGCUGCCGCUGCUCGCCCACACAGAAAGCCCACAUCGUGAAGCUGCUUCAGCAGCACACGGGGAGACGCACGUGUGCCAUCGGUGACGGAGGAAAUGACGUGAGCAUGAUCCAGAUGGCGGACUGCGGCAUUGGCAUCGAGGGGAAGGAGGGCAGGCAGGCCUCCCUGGCCGCGGACUUCUCCAUCACGCAGUUCAGGCACGUCGGCCGGCUGCUCGUGGUGCACGGGCGCAGCAGCUACAAGCGCUCGGCCGCGCUCGGCCAGUUUGUCAUGCACCGGGGCCUCAUCAUCUCCACGAUGCAGGCCGUGUUCUCCUCUGUCUUCUACUUCGCGUCCGUGCCUCUGUACCAAGGAUUCCUCAUGGUGGGGUACGCGACUCUCUACACCAUGUUCCCGGUGUUCUCGCUAGUGCUGGACCAGGAUGUGAAGCCGGAGAUGGCCAUGCUGUACCCAGAGCUCUACAAGGACCUCACCAAGGGAAGAUCCUUGUCCUUCAAGACCUUCCUCGUCUGGGUGUUGGUCAGUGUUUACCAAGGCGGCAUCCUCAUGUACGGGGCUCUGCUCCUGUUCGAGUCAGAGUUUGUGCACGUGGUGGCCAUCUCCUUCACGGCCCUCAUCCUCACCGAGCUGCUCAUGGUGGCCCUGACCGUCAGGACGUGGCACUGGCUGAUGGUGGUGGCCGAGGUCCUCAGCCUGGGCUGCUACGUGGCCUCCCUCGCUUUCUUAAACGAGUAUUUUGCUCCCCAGAUGGAGUCGAGGCCUGCCUUUGGACACGGAGGCCACGGGACAGCACGCUGGUGGCCUCCGCCCCAGCAGCAUCUUCAGUGUGUCAGAAGCAUCAUGGGCACCGUGGCAGGGUCACUGUGUGCACAUCCCAGCUCCACUAUCACCAGUCCAGUGACCUUGACAGAGUGGCCUCACAGAACCUGUUCCAACACGUGGCUGCUGGGCCACACUCAGACUGUGGCUGUGGUUGCCACCAAGCUCGUCCGUGUCACCCUGUUGUACAGAGCGGAGGGAAAGUGGGCCAGACUUCGCCCUUAUCUGCAAGCUCAUGUGACCUGUCCACGCUCCUUCCCUCAAAACCUGGGGCCCACUGGCCACGGGAGGAGCUCGCUGUGCACAGAAGCCCCGCGCAGCCUGCUCUGGCCCAGCGUCCCCGCUGGCCCUGGUCUGCGUUCCUCUCAGCCGGCUGCCCCCUGUCCCUGCCCCAAGCCUUUCCAGCCAGAGUAUGUUAGUCACACUGUUCGCUGUCCCAGCGUUGACCCAUGUGGCCCACGGGAGCGCAGACGAUCUUUUCAGGGUUUUUAGAAUUAGGGCAGCGAGAAGAGACGGAAUAUUGUCAGAUGAGCCCAAUGGCAACGUUCGUCCUACUGGUCGUCACCGCCAGGUGCUCCAAGGCUCCCAGAGCUGGCCCAAGCCCCCGUAGGGCGGAAACGGUCACCGUGUCCACACCGCAUGAAACAAACACGGCUCGGGGUGCUUCCCUGAUCUGAGGUGAAAUUUCCCAGAGGAUUUUCAGAAAAGG